AUGAACCCCGAAACAAAUACCGAAGACAAACCGGUACCCGUGAAAAUCACCGUCGUGCGUGGAAAGAAUCUGCGGGGCAGCAAAUCAGACAACUUCCAGAGCUCGGUAAGAGUAGAAUUCAAUGAGGCGGUGCUGGGAAACUCACCAAGGAAGCAGGCAGCUUCAGCUGGAAAGUCUGUGGCGCAGCGGUCUGUGGAUUAUGAUUUCACCUGCAGCUUUGACUGCUUAUGCACUGCUGUGAGUCUCGACCACAUGGCCCACAAGCCGGUUAUAGUGACAGUGAUGGAGAUCCUGUCCAGGGAAAAGAAGCAGGCAGAGGAGAGGACAGCCGUUCUGGGUCAAGCCGUGCUGGACCUGCUGCCCCUGCUGCAAGGUCAGUGCAGCUUCUCAUCCACCGUCCCACUGUAUCCAACUCCAGGCUCUCCGAUUGAGGCUGCUCCACUGGAGGGUGAAAACAAGCCAUCCCUGGAUGUUUCAGUUAGUGUACCAGAUUCCCUGCUUUCCGACGCACAGCUGUCUGCCUCCAAUCUGCUGAGGGUGACUGUGGAGACGGCCUACUCCGUCCCUGAGGUGUGGAACCCAGUGGCGGGUCCUGCUGGUCCUCCUCCCUCCAGCUACAUAGCUGCCCUCCAGAUCCCUGUCACUGCUGAGAGGGAGCAGGUGCUGCUGUUUCCCAAUGGUUUUUUAAAAUCUGGUGGGAAGAGGGAGGCUGUGGGCAGACCAAAGAGGUGGCCACUGGCUGCUCUGCUGGCCCAGAGAGCUCAUUUCCUUCCUGGGGUCUCCAUCCAACCAGAUCCAGUCGAGAAGGAAGAUGGAGAGCUCACAAGGAUCGAGCACAGGAUGUUUCGUAACGAGGCAGAGAUGAUGAGAAAGAGAGUCAGCUGGGAUGCUGAGCGACGCUGUUUCCUGGAUGCAGGAGGAGUGGCCCGCCUGUCUCAGAGGAUUGGCGAGCACAGACUGUGGCCAGUGGAAAUGAUGAUGUCAUUGGCUCAGGAACCAAAGGGAAGAAAGGCUGGCAGGCUGCCUGCUGAGGAUGAGCUGCAGAUCUCCUUCCAUGGUGUGGCGUAUGUGGACAUGGGCCCCUUGCUGUAUCCUGGGGCCUCGCGCAUCCGAGGAGCCUACAGAGUGUUUCCCUUCACUGAUGCUGAUCUACGGGCCAAGACCAAGCGCACUGUUAGUGUGUUGAGGGACCUGGUCAGGACUUUAGCCACUCAGGACAAACAACCCACCAACUCCCCCGGUGGCUCCGGCAGCAGAACGUUUGACUCAGUGGGUGGUGAUCAUUUGCCAAAGGGAUCUAUUAAGGAAUCGCCCAGAAAGUCUAGUGUCCAGGGCGGGCCAGGCGGAGCUGACAUUGAGAUGGACAUGGAGCCACAAGUUAACGCAGAAGGACAGAUGUACAUAGAGUCCCAAACUUACAUCAUCAUUGAGGUCUCUUUGGAGAAGCCACUGGUAGCCAAGAGAUCUCCCGAGGAGUUGGCCAAAAGGGUGAAGGAGUUGAUCCCUCCCAGACCUCCACCAUCACCAUCAGACUGUCCCACCAGAGCUGAGAGAGCAGUGCAGGAGUACCACAGCCAGGUAAAUAAUGUGAUAGCCCAACUUCUAGACAAGUAUCAGGAGCUGUUUGGACCUGCCUUCCUGCCUGGAGCUGAGCCCCUAGACCCCAGCACCCAGGAACAACGCAAGAUCCAGCUGCUGGGAGAGCUCAACUACACUGGGAAAUACUUUGCCUUCAAGGAGCAGUUGAAGUCAUCAGUGUUGAGGCUCGCUCGGGAAAAGAUGCUGCGGACAGAAGACUUAUCUGACCCAGAGAAGCUCCGGGCCCUCAUCAGUCAGCUCUAUGUCUACCUGGUGGACCAGAUGCAUGUGGCUCUCAACAAGAGUCUGUCAGCAGAUUCCCUGGAGGUUCCUGUGCAGCCCCAGUUAGACUUUGCUCAGCUCAGGCACUUUGCCAAGGAGGCUGAACUCAUUGGAGACUACCAGCUAGCUGCCCGCUACUACCAAGAGCAGGUGGUCAGGGAGCCCACUGAGCCGUCUCACUGGUUUGACUAUGGCGCCCUCUACAUGCUGACUGGGGAACACCUGAAAGCAGAGGCGUGUUUCCAUCGGGCGUUGUCUGUCCAGCAGACACAUCUCCCCAGCUUGAUGAUAUGUGGGAUCCUAGAAGAGAUGUCUGGACACUUUACAGAAGCUCAGACCUACUUGGAGAGAGCCACCUGCAUUGACCCUUCCGCUGUGGUGGCCUGUACCCUCCUAGGUCUGUUUCAUGUGGGACAGAACAACUCAAUCCAGGCAGAGAGAUGUUUUCUGGAGGCUGGCAAGCAGCUGAGGGCCACCUUAGUGCCCAGUCCCACCUGUCUUGAGGCAGAACACUCAGCAGACAAGCCACAGCUGGAGGAGGCACAGCAGAGAGAAGAGGAAGUGUCAAUGCCAGGUUGCAAACCUCUCAGUGUGAAGCCAGAGUGUGCAGAGCAGGAGGCAAAAGGAAAGAGGAGGCUGAGCAACUGGUGCCAAGAGGGCGCUCCACCCAGACUCAACACCACCAUCUACAUGGAGACAGCCCAGUUCCUGCUGCGCAACACAGCUCUGCAGGUGGCAGAGAGAGCUCUUUCCCAGGAGCUGCUGUGCUCAGAUGGAGGCCCCAGCAUCUCCUACCACCUCGCUCUGGCAAGGUUGCAGCUGCUUAGGAAAGAUUACCGCAGUGCUGCCACCAGCCUCGAGGAGGUGCUACACCACAACUCACAGGAGGCGGAUGUGUGGGCUCUGUAUGGUCACUGUCACUACCUGGCUGAGGAGUUCAGGGAGGCCCAGAUGUGCUAUGAGAGGGCCCUGGUCCAGCAGCAGGAGCCGUCAGAAACACACUCCAUCUACCUGCGCCUAGGAUCCAUCUACCUCCAGGAGCGAGAGUUUGAGAGUGCCAGAGUCAUCUACCUGCGUGCCUGCGGGAGUUCACCUUCUUGUCUCACUUGGCUGGGACUCGGCAUUGCCUGUUACCAGCUUGAGAGGCUGGGUGAUGCUGAAGAGGCGUUGGUGGAGGCCAGCUCGUUGAACAACAUGAACCCAGAGGUCUGGGGUUACCUGGCUCUGGUCUACCUCAAGUCUGGCAGGAAGGCAGAAGCAGAACAGUCUUAUAAAUAUGUUGUUAAGCUGAACCUCCAGAAGGAACCCCUUCUUCGGGAGAUCAGAGAACUACAGGACCGUCUCGGCUUUGGGGAUCCAUCUUUCUGAACAGACCAUCAGGCUCUGGUUUUAAUUUUACGUCAAAGCUUAAAAUUAAUGUUUUUAAAGAAAAAUGAACGAGAUGCUGUUUAUGGACUCGGUGUCUCACUCAAAGGUGUUGCUCACAAAGUAAGGCAGGGGUUUCAUAAAACCUUAAUAGAAAAUUAGGAUAAACGAAUCUUUGAUGGAAAUCACCAUUCACCCCAAAGCUUCUCUGCAGCUCAAAGACCUCCUGAUGUUCUUAAACCUGGAGAAAGAUUAAGUACAACCUGAGGGGGUCAUCUGGAAAACUGCAGUCUGUUUGGGGCCCUUUGAUUAAUUACAUAAUUUAAUUAGACACUACAGGACAAUGAGGCACUCACCAUUGAUACAC